AUGUUUGUAAUUUCAAAGGAAUCCGUGGAUGAAAACAAACAAGUGAUUAUAAGCAUUGAAUAUUGCAAACAAAUUGCUCAACCUGAAACAAUAAUAAUUUUGGAAAAGUUAGUAAAAACUUUUGAGAACGUGUCAAAUUCAGAAGAAAUCAAAUUAAUUUAUGAUUGUGCAGCAAAAGGAGAAGAUUUGAAAAAUUUAAAACAAGUGUUAAAUCUUGACAACCAUGUCAUUAAAAAAAUUCCAGAAAUGCAAGAGGAAUUGGCAAAAGGUAACACACUUCUAUUAAUCACCAAUGGCAGUGGAUACCAAAUAAUUGAGGCAUUUUAUGAGAAUGUUCCAAUUUUAACUUUGCCCUAUAUUGUGGAUCAAUUUUAUGUUUCUGAAGCUUUGAAAAUUACUCAUGAAAUUGAAAUUGAAAAUUCUGCUGGGAAAGGAGCAAUUAAUGGAGGAAGUCCCAAGCAUGUGAAUGGACGAGGCAAAUCCCCAUAUUCUCCAAAUAAAUCCCCGACUAAAACCAGUCUUCAUGGUGGACAUAAAAGUCCAGGCAAACAUGGCGAGAAAAGUCACACUGGCAAACAAAAAAUAAAAAUUGAUGCUCCAACAUUGAGCUUCAACCUUAUGUUAAAUGAGAAAAUUGAAAUGAUUGAAGAAGCUUUGAAGGAGGCUUUGUUUGAUGCUAGCUACAAGGCCAAUGUUAACAAAGUUCAUCAAUAUUUGCGCAAGACAAUGAGCAAGGACAACCCUAGUAAUCCAAAAAAUAUUUUCCUCAAGAAAAUAGAAGAAGUUCUUCAUAAAUCUGAUGGAGGAAAUGGAAAUGAUUUGAAGAGUAAAUUGUAAAAACAAACAAAAAACGCAUUUUCAUUGACCGUGUCUGUCGCUUUGCCGAACGUUUUAACCGGAUUUCUUCUUUCGGGGCCGUGUUGUGUACAUAAUUAUUUUUAUUACUAUUUUAGUCAGCCAUUUCGUAUAAUUCAUUUUAACAUCCUUUCCCCGCCUAGUCAAAAGCAAGCUGGUCUACCUUCUUCCAUACUGUACAUCC